AUGGUACAACAAACAAAGAAGUUCAGAGGAGUCAGGCAACGCCAGUGGGGCUCUUGGGUGUCAGAAAUUCGCCACCCUUUGUUAAAGAGAAGGGUGUGGUUAGGGACAUUUGAGACAGCAGAGGCGGCGGCAAGAGCAUAUGAUCAAGCUGCAAUUCUGAUGAAUGGUCAAAGUGCGAAGACUAAUUUCCCGAAGAAUCAAGGUGAAGAUGCUGUGGACACUAAUUGUGGUGGUGGCGGUGGAGGUGGUAGUGGUGGUGGGAAUGACUCUUUCUUGUCACCCAAGGCACUCUCUGAGCUACUCAGCACAAAGCUUAGGAAGUAUUGCAAAGACCCUUCUCCGUCACUCACUUGUUUGAGGCUAGAUACUGAUAAUUCUCACAUUGGAGUGUGGCAAAAAAGAGCUGGAUCACAUUCUGAUUCUAAUUGGGUCAUGAGGGUUGAGCUUGGUGGGAAGAAAAAAACUGCAGAGUCAGAGAUGGGAACUUCACAACACACUAUCGAUGGUAAUAAUGCUAAUGCUGAUAUUGAAAAUAGGGUGGUAGUAGAAGAAGAGGAAAGAGUUGCUUUGCAGAUGAUUGAAGAGUUACUUAAUUGGAACUAUCCAUGUGGUUCGACUUCAAGCGAUUAA